AUGAGCUCACGUCUCCUUCGAAACGGCUCAACUGUGACCCGGAAAGAAGAGGAGCUCCCAGAUUAUCAUUCCGAAGAUUUCUACCCAGUCAGACUGGGAGAUGUGUUCAAAUCUAGAUAUCAAGUCAUCGCAAAGCUAGGGUUUGGAGUGGGCUCGAGUAUAUGGCUCUGCCGGGACUUGAAACAGGAAGCUGGUGUCGCUGCCCAGUCUACCAAUGAAGUGGCUGUAGCGAGACAUAUUCGAGCCGCUAAUAUUAAACAUCCCGGUAAAAGGUACUUCCGACUCAUAAUCAGAGAAUUCACCAUCUAUGGGCCUGGGGGGGAACACAGAUGCCUACUCUAUAUGCCUCAGGGGAUGACUUAUACUGAGUUCCGCAAUUCACAGCCAGAUCGCAUGCUGAAUAAGACACUGCUCCAACAGACUUACCAGUUAAUCCUGAUUGGUCUAGAUCUUCUGCACCAAUUGAGCGUGGUACAUACAGAUAUCUCGCCUAACAAUAUCCUUUUGGGUGCCCGGAGCCCCUCUGUGUUUUCCAAAAUCGAGCAAUCUGAGUUAGAGCACCGUCGCGCCCGCAAAGUCAUUUCGGACCGGACCAUCUAUCGGUCCCAUUCUAUGCCCAUAACCGAUGGCACGCCAGUGAUCCUAGGGAUGGAAUGGGACUGCAAGAUUGACAUCUGGUCAAUUGGAGUCCUGGUAUGGGAUUUAUUUGAAGGCGGUCGCCUUUUUUAUGCCCUUAAAAACUGCAUUCUGGAUGAUGAGCAACGUCUUGCUGAGAUGGUUGCACUCAUGGGGCCUCCCCCACACAAGUACUGGCAUUCUGAAGACAUCCCGAAACCGAAUCCUGCCAAAGUUGCUAUGAACAACAUGCAAAAGCCGACAUAUGCAUUUAUGGCAUUCAAAUAG